AUGACCUCAACACCGCCCUCCUCCUCAAUGGCACAGGGUCCGACGACCCCGAAAUCCGCACCCCCAAUCAACAUCCUCCCAACCACCAGCUCAAAAGUCUACGCCCUGGUCCACCCAAUCCUCCUGCUCUCUCUCCUCGCAACCCGCUUCAACGCCCUCGUCGCUGAUCCCAUCACCGAACUCCUCAAUGACCUCCCCUUCCUGGCCCUCCUCCAGGUAACCUUCGUAAUGACCUGCCUGCCCCCCGCCGGCUCCCCGGAAGACGAUAACAUCCCCAAACCCACCACCCCGAAACCAAAACCCUCCGUCCGCCGCAAGCCAAUCCCCAAAUCCGACUCCUCCUUCGCUGCUGCUGCUGCUGCUGCUGCUCUCUCCACAAAGCUCAUCCCAGCAAUCCUCUCCCUCACCCUCACAACCCUCCUCGCAACCCCCGUCCUAACUAUCCUCCUCGUCCUCUUCGGCGCCCCGGCAACAACCCAUCACGCCCAGACACUCCUCUGCGCAGCACACAUGGCCGUCCUGUCCUCCACAGCAUUGAUCUAUGUGCACGGUGUUGACGGCAAUACCUGGAAGGAAAUCUGGGGUGCGAAUCGGCCAGCCGAUGUUGUUUGGGGUGGGGCGCUUGGAACGGGUGUCGGGGCUUGGUUUGGUGCUGUACCUAUUCCGUUGGAUUGGGAUCGGCCAUGGCAGGCUUUUCCGAUUACGGUGCUCGUCGGGGCUUAUAUUGGGUAUGUUGUUGGUUCUGGGUUAGGGAGGACGGUUUUGUUUGGGAGGAGGUUGAAGAUUGAGCAGUGUGGUGCUGUUGGUGGCGGUGAAGUUGGGGAAGGGAAGAAGGUUGACUAG